AUGAGCUCAGAGCAAGAUCACAAGAAGAAGCUUCUCGAUGCUUCUGGUGCUGAGAAGAAGGAUGAGCUCGACACAUCCACAGCUAUCCUGAAGAAGAAGAAGAAGCCUAACAGCUUGAUUGUUACUGAUGCCGUUAACGAUGAUAACUCCACGAUCUCCCUCUCCAACAACACCAUGGACGUUCUCGGACUCUUCAGAGGCGACACAGUUCUUGUCCGAGGCAAGAAGCGCAAGGAGACGGUUCUGAUUGUGCUGGCUGAUGACGAGCUUGAUGACGGAAGUGUCCGUAUCAAUAGAGUUGUCAGGCAUAACCUCCGCGUGAAGCAUGGUGACAUUAUCACUAUCCAUGCUUGCCCUGACAUCAAAUAUGCCAAGCGUAUUGCUGUCCUCCCUAUCGCAGACACGGUUGAAGGCCUCACUGGGUCUCUCUUUGACGUUUACCUUGCUCCCUACUUCCGUGAUGGAUACCGGCCCGUGAAACAGGGUGAUCUUUUCAUGGUACGAGGGGGUAUGAGGCAAGUUGAAUUCAAGGUUGUUGAAGUAGACCCUCCAGAGUACGGUAUCGUCGCUCCGGACACAAUCAUCCACAGUGAAGGCGAGCCGAUUCAGCGUGAAGAUGAAGAGAACAACUUGAACGAAGUUGGCUAUGACGAUAUUGGCGGAUGCCGGAAACAGAUGGCUCAAAUUCGUGAAUUAGUCGAGCUGCCCCUCCGUCACCCCCAGCUGUUCAAGUCCAUCGGUAUCAAGCCUCCUCGUGGUAUCCUCAUGUACGGUCCUCCUGGUACCGGUAAGACUCUUAUGGCUCGUGCGGUGGCCAACGAAACCGGCGCUUUCUUCUUCCUGAUCAACGGUCCCGAGAUCAUGUCUAAAAUGGCUGGUGAAUCUGAGUCGAACCUUCGAAAGGCUUUCGAGGAAGCCGAGAAGAACUCUCCCGCUAUCAUCUUCAUCGAUGAAAUUGACUCUAUCGCACCCAAGCGUGAGAAGACCAAUGGAGAAGUUGAGCGCCGUGUCGUCUCUCAGCUCCUUACCCUUAUGGACGGUAUGAAGGCGCGCUCCAACGUCGUCGUCAUGGCUGCCACCAACCGACCUAACUCCAUCGACCCCGCCCUCCGCCGCUUCGGCCGCUUCGACCGUGAAGUCGACAUUGGUAUCCCUGACCCAACUGGCCGUCUGGAGAUUCUUUCGAUUCACACCAAGAACAUGAAGCUCGGAGAAGAUGUCGAUCUGGAGACCAUUGCUGCCGAGACUCACGGUUACGUCGGUUCCGAUCUUGCUUCCCUCUGCUCUGAAGCUGCCAUGCAACAGAUCCGUGAGAAGAUGGACCUUAUCGAUCUCGACGAAGACACAAUCGAUGCGGAGGUUUUGGACUCUCUCGGUGUUACCAUGGAGAACUUCCGCUACGCCCUUGGCGUCUCCAACCCCUCUGCUCUUCGCGAGGUUGCAGUCGUCGAGGUUCCCAAUGUCCGCUGGGAAGACAUCGGUGGUCUGGAGGAAGUCAAGCGCGAGCUUAUCGAGAGCGUCCAGUACCCCGUCGACCACCCCGAAAAGUUCCAGAAGUUUGGUCUUUCACCUUCUCGCGGUGUUUUGUUCUAUGGUCCUCCUGGUACUGGUAAGACCAUGCUUGCCAAGGCCGUUGCCAAUGAAUGUGCGGCAAACUUCAUCUCCGUUAAGGGCCCUGAAUUGCUGAGCAUGUGGUUUGGUGAGUCUGAGAGCAACAUCCGUGACAUCUUCGACAAGGCUCGUGCUGCUGCUCCUUGCGUUGUGUUCCUUGAUGAGUUGGACUCUAUCGCCAAGUCACGUGGCGGUUCCGUUGGAGAUGCUGGUGGUGCUUCCGACCGUGUCGUCAACCAGCUUCUGACUGAAAUGGACGGCAUGACCUCGAAGAAGAACGUUUUCGUCAUUGGUGCUACAAAUAGACCCGAGCAGCUCGAUGCCGCUCUGGUGCGUCCCGGUCGUCUUGACACCCUGGUCUACGUUCCUCUUCCCGACCAGGCCUCUCGUGAGGGUAUCCUCAAGGCUCAGCUCCGCAAGACACCUGUCGCCACCGAUGUCGACAUCGAAUUCAUUGCCAGCAAGACCCACGGUUUCUCUGGUGCCGACCUUGGAUUCGUUACGCAGCGUGCUGUCAAGCUUGCUAUCAAAGAAUCUAUUUCUCUUGACAUCGACCGCCAGAAGCAACGUGAGGCUGCUGGUGAGGAUGUGAAGAUGGAGGAUGAGGAAGAGGAGGGCGAAGACCCUGUUCCAGAACUCACACGGGCUCACUUCGAAGAGGCCAUGAAGACGGCCCGCCGAUCCGUCAGCGAUGUGGAGAUCCGCAGAUACGAAGCUUUCGCCCAGAGCCUCAAAAACUCUGGCGGCAGCUCUUUCUUCCGUUUCCCCUCUGCAAAUGAAGUGCAAGACGGCGGCAACACAUUUGGUGAAGCCGGUAAUGAUGACAGCCUCUACGAUUAA